AUGACUGGUAAUAGUUCGUCGCUGGAGAACCAGCCAUGCUACUCUCCUUCCCAUUUCCAUCUCCAGGUAAAACCAAAUUUCUCCGCUCCUUGCUUCCUCAAGGCUCAAACCCAGUUCAGAACCCUAAAUUCCCGAAGCUUUAAUCCUUCAAGCCAGUUUAAUUUGUGCCAGUUCUCCGUUCGUUAUUGCAUCUCCUUCACGCUGUCGAUUUUAAUUUCGUCCCCAACCUUCUUUGACUUCUCUCUGCGGAAUUUUAUCGAACGGUUUGCGGGCGGCAGUAGCAACAAUCAAUCUGCAGAAAACAGGGACGUGGAGAAGGAAUCAGCGGGAAUUUCCCGCGAAGACGAAUCGAGCUCUGUUUCUCCAGCACCACCACUCUGGCCAAUCGACAGUGAAGAUCCAGUUUGUUUGCCAAAUCUGCAGGAAAUCGCUCCCCACUGUGUAAACCCGAAUCGUGAAGCUUGCAGGGCUGCUCCUCAAGGAAAUGCAAACCGAAACAACGUUGGAGAAGAAGACGGCGACGGCGACGGCGAAGAUCAGCACCACCGCGACGCCGGCCACGGGGACUGUAUUACAGCUACGAACAACAACGAGCCCCGCCAACCACCACCGCCACCAACAAUUCCCCCGGUUUUCGAGGGGCGAUUAAGAAAGAGGACCCAGCCGUGUCUGUAG